GUUCUAACUGACGUUUUCCGAUAUGUUCGGACAUUUAACUAGCUUAAAAAGUUGUACAUUUAAAAUAAAGUUAGGAUGAAAACUCAGUGCUUGGAUGAUAUGAGUUUGGAAACAGACGAACAUCUAGUGCUGACUCUACAGGAGCAGCGAGUCCGGGUACAGAAGAGAGAAAAGCAGUUACAGACUGAGUACAAUGCAGCCAAGGAGGUGUUUAACAGCAAAACCAAGUCCUCUUUUAUGCAACCAGGAGGCAAACACUUAACCAGCCCUGGACAGUCAAUCAAGAGGCUGGUGAAGCGUGAGCACGAGAGGCUGUGUGCUCUGAUAGCACAGCACGACGAGCUGCAGUUUACAGUUCGGAGCAGAGAAGUUCAGCUGGAACAGAGUGUGAAAAGUCUAGAGCUGUACAAUGCUCCUGAUAGCACAGCAGAAAUGCAUGACCAGAGGGUGCGACAGCUACAGAACAAUUUGGAGAAAAUCAGCUUGAAGAUCACAGAGGGCGAAAAAAUUCACAGUACUGGUGUGAGUCUGCGAGAACAUCUGCAGCAGGAGGUAAGAGAGCUGCCUCAGGCAUUAGAAAAGCUGCAUAAGACCAUUCUCAAAAACCAUACAGAACUUUGUAAAGUAGCCAUGAUGUCUCAGUCUGCCCAAGCUGGCCUGGACACCUCCAAGUCCAUGCUGCUGCAAAUAGAGGAGCAGUUGAUGCUGGAGCAGCAGGUCACAGAAAGCAUGCUGAGUGAGGUGGAGGCAGAAAAAGAAAAGCAGACUGGUAGGCGUUUAGACUACCAGCGAGAGGAAGGAGGGCACAUUACCAAGGCUGUACACAGAAUGAAAGAAGAGGGUAAGAAGCUGAUCGAUCCAUCUGCUGUCCAAAUGGCUCAGCAGUUCAGUGAUCAACCGGGCAGUCUGCAGAGUGAAGUUAAACUGAUCGAGAGCAUUGAUGAGCUGAAGGAAGCUCUGAGCUGCACUGAUUUGCAGGAGUUGGUGACCUGUUUGAUGUCCCAGAAAGCUAUGCAAAAACGACUGCUGUCUCAGAUAACCAAGUUUGAAGAACUUGUAAAGCAGCAGCGAGAGGAUCUGGAGGCCGUGGAGCUUCAGUACGCUCAGCUCAAGUUUACUGAUGGACCAGGUACUGAACGGUACAAGAAACAAAAGGUGGAAUUAGAGAAGAAGCUUUGCCGCAAACAGGAGCGAUGCAACCAGUGGCAGAGCAGACUACACCAGGCACAGGUGGUGCUACAGAGUAUUGACCAGGACUUUAACAACCUCUACUACAGAAUGACAUCUGAACCAGCCAAGGGUCCUCCAAAUAAGAGCAGUCUGGAUGCCAUAAAGAAACUGAGUGAAAUCAGGGCUUAUCUGUCCAGUUUGGGGAUAUUACCCCCAGAUCUAGCUGAGAACCAGCUCAAUCUGGGUCAAGAUAAGAUGUGGGGCCUACAGGAGCAGAACGCCAUGAUGGAGCCCAAUUACUUCAGGAGUGUGAGAAGCACAAUGGCGGGCCAUGCCACUGAUGAAUCAUUAAGGUUUUGCAGCCAGGAGGACUGCUCGCUCACCCGAGACGAGAUCAAACGGCGUGGCAUUCUACUGAUUGAGGCCAGCCAGUUUAAACAGAACCUUACCAAGGCUUUCAAAAAAAGCUGAAGAGGUCAGACUAUAAAGAAGAAGAAGAAGGCCAGGUGAAAGAAUUCCAGCAUACACAAUAAUAAACAUUGCUGAGCGUGAGCUUAAAGUUA